UCUGCCAGCCGCGGCUGCCGCUGGAGCCGGUGUCCGGGCUGGUGAUGGGGUUAAUUCUCUUUCGUAAGACUCUUACUUGCACCCACCCAGCCCCGCCGUCGCCCCGCCGCGCCGCGCUCCAACCGCCUCCUCCUCCUCCUCCUCCUCAGUAACGCGGGCCACUGAAAGGUAUGAUAUAUUUGAUCCACAACAGUCCAUUUCAGGCCAGGAAUCUACAGUGGUGACAAGGACAUGGGACUCCUCCUGCCAGAUUCCAGAUGGUUCAAUACACUUGACAUCCUGGCUGACAACUGUGAAAAAGAACCUUGGAUUACUUUAUUUUAUUUUUGUGGGACACCACAAUCCCAAUUCCAUAGGACACAUCAGGCUUCAAGUUCCCUGUAGACUUCUAAAAUAACCUUUGCUGAUGAGGAUGUCUGAUACUGUUACUGUAAAAAAUGAAACUGAAACAAUGAAGGAUUUGGAGGCAGAAGUGAAAGAUAAAACCAGAGUUGAAAAUCUUAUCAAAUCAGAAAACUAUGGGAAGAUUUUGGCAGAGAAGAAUGAACGUUGUAUUGACAACAGUAUUGAUUUGCAGCGGCCAUUGCAGUCCUUUGGACAGACAGGAAAAAGGUCUAAGUCGAGCUCAAAGUUAAAGCUAGUUCGGAGCCUUGCAGUGUGUGAAGAAUCUCCACCACCCCCUACAGCAGAGAUAUCACAGGAGAACCAGGAGAAAAUUCAGAUCCAGUUAACGCAAUCAUUUGAAAAAGAGGAGAAGCCCUCAAAAGAUGAAGCAGAAAAAGAAAAAGCCAGUGAUAAGUUGCCCAGAAAAAUGUUAUCAAGAGAUUCCAGUCAAGAAUACACUGAUUCAACUGGCAUAGAUCUACAUGAAUUUUUAGUAAAUACAUUAAAAAACAAUCCCAGGGACAGAAUGAUGCUGUUGAAAUUGGAACAAGAAAUUUUAGAUUUCAUUGGUAAUAAUGAGUCUCCACGUAAAAAAUUUCCCCCAAUGACAUCUUACCAUAGGAUGCUAUUACACAGAGUAGCUGCUUACUUUGGAUUAGACCACAAUGUUGAUCAGAGUGGGAAGUCUGUCAUAGUAAACAAAACUAGCAAUACAAGAAUACCUGAUCAGAAAUUCAGUGAACAUAUUAAGGAUGAUAAAGGUGAAGAUUUUCAGAAACGGUAUAUCCUCAAGAGAGACAACUCCAGCUUUGACAAAGAUGAUAAUCAGAUGAGAAUACGUUUGAAAGAUGACAGAAGAAGCAAAUCUAUAGAAGAAAGAGAAGAAGAGUACCAGAGAGCGAGAGACCGAAUAUUUUCCCAAGAUUCCCUGUGUUCCCAAGAGAAUUAUAUUAUUGACAAAAGAAUCCAAGACGAGGAUGCUAGUAGUACCCAGCAGAGGCGUCAGAUAUUUAGAGUUAAUAAAGAUGCUUCAGGGAGAUCAACAAAUAGCCAUCAAAGCAGCACUGAGAAUGAGCUGAAGUAUUCUGAACCACGGCCCUGGAGCAGCACAGAUUCAGACAGUUCCCUCCGAAACUUCAAGCCUGCUGUAACCAAAGCCAGCAGCUUCAGUGGAAUCUCAGUCCUGACAAGAGGUGAUAGUUCUGGGAGCAGCAAAAGCAUAGGCAGGCUUUCAAAAACAGGUUCUGAGUCUUCUGGUAGUGUAGGGUCAUCUACGGGCUCUCUUUCUCACAUCCAGCAGCCUCUUCCAGGUACAGCUCUCAGCCAGUCUUCUCAUGGCGCACCUGUCGUCUAUCCAACUGUCAGCACUCAUAGCUCUCUUUCCUUUGAUGGUGGCCUAAAUGGGCAAGUCGCAUCUCCUAGCACUAGCUUCUUUCUGCUUCCCUUGGAAGCGGCAGGCAUACCACCUGGCAGUAUUCUGAUCAACCCACAAACAGGUCAGCCCUUCAUAAACCCAGAUGGAAGUCCAGUUGUGUAUAAUCCUCCUAUGACUCAACAACCUGUUAGAACCCAAGUGCCUGGACCUCCACAGCCACCUCUGGCACCCCCACCACCUCAACAACAAGCAGCUAAUCACAUUUUCUCACAGCCUGUUCGUCCUCUGCAGUCCUCUUCACAGCCUGUUCAGUACUCUACAGCCCCUUACCCAUCCCCGCUCCUGCCAGUCUCACCCACCCAGCAAUACUCCGUGCAGGACAACCUUGGGUCUCAGUUUAGCCACAUGAGUCUUGCCCGCCAGCCAUCUGCAGAGGGUUCUGACCCUCAUGCCACCAUGUUCCAGUCCACUGUUGUUCUUCAGUCCCCACAGCAGUCUGGUUAUAUCAUGACGGCAGCCCCUCCACCACCGCCGCCGCCGCCGCCACCACCUCCUCCCCCUCCCCUGCCACCUGGGCAGCCAGUCCCUUCUGCUGGCUAUGCUGCCUCUGGCCAUCCUGUCAGCCAGCCUGUGCUUCAGCAGCAGGGAUAUAUUCAGCAACCCUCACCACAGAUGCCAGCCUGUUACUGUGCUCCAGGCCACUAUCACUCCAGUCAACCUCAGUAUCGCCCAAUCCCUUCUGUCCAUUACAAUUCACAUCUAAACCAACCACUGCCACAGCCUGCACAACAGACAGGUUAUCAAGUUAUACCCAACCACCAGCAAAACUACCAAGGACUAGUUGGAGUUCAGCAACCCCAGAGUCAGAGUCUAGUUGGUGGCCAGCCCAACAGCAUUGGAAAUCAGAUCCAAGGAGUAGUCAUCCCAUAUCCUUCAGUGCCAUCAUACCAGGUUUCACUGCCUCAAAGUUCUCAAGGAAUUGCCCAUCAGACUUAUCAGCAGCCUGUUAUGUUCCCUAAUCAGUCUAAUCAAGGAUCUAUGCCCACAACAGGAAUGCCAGUUUACUAUAGUGUCAUUCCUCCUGGUCAACAAAAUAACUUAAGCUCAUCAGUAGGUUACUUGCAACAUCCAGGAUCAGAACAAGUACAGUUUCCUCGAACUACUUCACCAUGCAAUUCCCAGCAGCUUCAAAGCCACCAGUGUGCAGCUGUGCCACCUCCGCCCCCUGGUGGAGGAAUGGUGAUGAUGCAGCUCAAUGUACCAAACAAUCCGCAGUCUCGGGCCCACUCACCCCCACAGUGGAAACAAAACAAAUAUUACUGUGAUCACCAGAGAGGGCAGAAGUGUGUGGAAUUUAGCAAUGUAGACAAUAUUGUUCAGCACAGCCCUCAACUCAGUAGUCCCAUUAUUUCACCAGCUCAGUCGCCAGCACCAGCGCAGCUGACCACCCUGAAGACUGUCCGUGCUUCCGGACCACCCCUUUCCAUCAUACCUCAGUUUUCUAGACCUUUUGUUCCAGGGCAGGGAGAUGCCAGAUAUCCAUUGCUUGGCCAGCCUCUGCAGUACAACCCUCCUGCUGUUUUGCACGGACACAUUCCAACCCAGCAGGGUCAGUCUGGCAACAGGCAUGGAAACCGAGGAAGGAAACAAGCUAAAAAAGCUGCAUCCACUGAUCUUGGUGCAGGAGAGCCAGUUGUUGGGAAGGUCUUGGAAAUCACUGAGCUACCAGAUGGAAUAACUCGCACGGAAGCCGAGAAGCUUUUUGGGGAACUCUUUAAAAUUGGUGCCAAGAUCCGGUGGCUCCGAGACCCUCAAUCCCAGCCCCAGCUGCGUCGUCACCCCCUCUGCUGUGGCAGUGGGGACAACACUGUCAAUCCUGAACGCUCUAAACCCAGUGACUUGGCCUCCACUUAUACCGUCUUAGCCACAUUCCCCUCCAUUUCAGCAGCACAGAAUGCAUUGAAGAAACAAAUUAACUCGGUUAACAAGUUUAAGCUGAGAACGAGCAAGAAGCACUAUGACUUUCACAUUCUGGAAAGGGCAAGUUCUCAGUAACAGAGCCACCUUGGACCCUUCGCCUUUAUGAUUCCCCUGUCCUCACCCAUCUUUAAUUGGCUUGGUUUUUGGAGCUUCUGUUAACAUGACAGAGACUCCUAGGAUGUGUGGUCAUGGCGUUAUAGCUUUUGAAGGACAGGCCAGUGAUCCAGCAAAGGGGGGAAAUUACACAUUUCACUCCAAGUGACUGUAGGAAUCCACAUCGGAAUGAUACAGAGUUAGCAGCUUUUUCUGAGGAAAUGCUGUUCAAAUGCCUCCUAACUUUUAUAGUUAUUUUGUUUUAUAUUUCUGAAUUCUUGUGUCAGAUCCAGAGCUCUAUUGUACAGCAAAUUAUUCUUCAAAACGAUUACAACAAGUUGCAACCUGUAUUUCUUUUUUGCAGCCAGCACAAUGUGACCCAACAGAGAAUUUGAGGGAAAAAGAAUGCAGGAAUGGAAUAACCAAGUCAAAACCAUAUAUUGUCUUUUUGGGGGGCUGGAGGGUGACUAAGGACAGCCCACAAAUCGAAUAUUACUCUUCCCCUGUAUCUCUAAGCACAGAAACAAUUUCCAGAAAAUACAGAACUCCGUCAUAGGGUCCUUUCCUUAUUCAUUUAGGUAGUAUGAACAUUAAGUGUAAAGCAAAUUAUGUUCUUAACACUUCUGAAUCAAACCACUUAGGUUCAAAGGGGAAUAGGAAUCAUUUUAGGCAGGAAAAUACUUCCACUUUUUUUUUUUAAGUGUCCCUCUGAUAACUAAAUGCCACUUAUUUGCAUUCCCCUCCUUGUGGAUUUCUUGUCACCUAAGGAAAUGCAUUUGAUGAGUGCUGGAAACUUCUUAAGUGGUUUAAAAUUUGUUUUCAUUGUUUGCAGCGGAUCACUGGACAUCAAAGAUUCAUUGCACUUAUGAACAAGGAACCUUUUUUUCAAUUUCUGUGUAAUUUGCAAGGCUGUACAAUGUUUGCUGAUGCAAGCCUUUUUCAGUUCAAGAGAAUAAAUGUUUACAAAUACAGA